ACAUAACAAUGGCCGAUACAUUUACUGUGAUAACUCCGCAUUAUGUAAAUGUUGUUAUUACUACCUCCAAGCAACAAUCCGGAGCCAGCAUAGAACGACGAUUUCAGAAAAAUGUACCUGUUCGAGAACUCAAGGACAAACUUGAAUUGCUGACAGGUGGAAGUGCAGCAACUAUGAAAAUAGAACUAUAUAACAAGGAAGACACACUUGUGUCAAAAUUGGAGGAUGAUACUGCUAUACUGGGAUCUUUCCCCAUUGAAGAUGGAAUGCGUUUGCAUGUUAUUGACAAAUUUGAAUUGCAGACUGAAUUUGAAGAUCUAUCAAAAGUUGAAAAAUUUGAAUUACCUCCAGAAGAGUAUGCCAAGAGGCCAGGCACGGUGAAAGCUUUCCUAGAGUCUAACAAACUUGGGAAAUACAAUGAAGAGGAAAUGAAAAGACGUGAGGAAGAAAGGCGGCGUGAGGAAGAGGAAAAUGAACGUUUAGCUAAAGCAGCGACUGUGGGUAGCCGUUGUGAGGUCAGUGUCCCAGGCAACCCAAAGCGCAGGGGCACUGUGAUGUAUGCAGGUCAGGUUGACUUUAAGGAUGGCUGGUGGAUUGGUGUCAAGUAUGAUGAACCACUUGGCAAAAAUGAUGGCAGUGUAAAUGGCAAGAGGUAUUUUGAAUGCCAGCCAAAGUAUGGAGGAUUUGUGAAACCAGUACAUGUUACAGUUGGAGACUUCCCAGAGGAAAAUUAUGAUCUGGAUGAAGAACUGUAAUAUAUUGGAAACAUUCUAUUAAUGGUGGGAUUGCUUGAAACAAGGCUGAAGCACAGUGCACAUUUAAAGACACUGUUGUAAAUAUUUUUUUACAUUAAUGAGCUGUUUUGUUAAUUUUUGUUGCUUCUUUUAACUAAUCACACUUAAUUUAAUAUUCAUGUGCCUAACAAAUGACAUAUUUGUGCACAACACAACAUGUGAUAUUAAAAAUAAUUGGAACAUUCCACUUACUAUCUCUGGAUUGCUGUUCAUUUGCAGCUAGGCUAAGACUUGCAAGAAAAGACAUUGAGACUGCUAAAUUCAUGUACUGCCUGAUACUUUUCAAUUGUAAAAUGCACAUUUAUUGGUUAAUACAGAAAACAAACUCAA